AUGACCCAAUCUGUCAUCUUUAUUCUACCUGUUCGUCCUCAGCCUGCCCGUCUCGCCAUCGCAUUCCAGGAGACUCGAAGACGCGACGUGCACCGCUCGGUCAACGUAUUUCCUUGGCGGAAUGUGAAAAUGCCCUGUCAUGGGUUUGUUGUCGGAACUGAUUGGGCGAUGACAACGUUCGAUAAUCGCAGAGAUGGUCAAGUUUUUGAUUCAAAACAUUUACAAACGAUAAACGAAGAGACGGAAGUGCGGUUCAUCCAUCCCUACGACUCACAUGAGUAUACAAGACAUCGCGUGGACUUAACUGUCUUGGAAGAGAUCCGCCAUUUGGAUAUGCAUAGACACGAAGGAUUUAUGAAGAGGUUAUAUGCAGCAACAAAAUCUGCCGUUUAUCGGCUUGUUCGCGGCGUUUACGAUUUUUGUGGGAAAUCAUUUGGUUGUUUUUAG